AUGUCUAACUCUUCUCCGAAUCCUGUCGAUCCUUCUUGUGCAUCUGAAGAUCUUCUAAAUGCUCUGACGUCACCCUUUAUGAUUUUCAAUCAUUUCUUCAUUCUCUCCGUCAUUUUCGCAGGAUUCGUUGUGUCGCGUUUUGCCAUACGGAAACUGUUAAAUCAGAAUGUAUUUCCAACUUGUACUAAAAUAUUACUACUCACAUCGGUUAUCAAUGGAAUUAUUCAUCAAGGAAUCACUGCAGUUAUCAGAGUUAAAACUGUCGUUCGAGCCAUCCGAUUUGCAAAUGAUCCAUGUUCCAUUUUAUUUCUCACUGCUGAUUGUUUCGUUGAUGGAAUCGUUUAUUAUCACACGAAUCUUUUCUCGAGUAUCGUCUGCAUUUCACUCUUCCUCGAUCGUCUUCUCUCAUCCAAUCCUCGAUCAUUCUACAAUUCAUUCCAAACAACUGCUACUGUCAUCUUCAUAAUUCUCCAAAUUGGAAUCCCAAUUCUUCUUAUCUAUUGGAUAUUCUAUGACUCUGCCUACACUAGUUACGUUGCAAUGUGUAAUUAUCCAACUGCAACUGCGUCUGUCAAAUUUUUCUAUGUCACCUCAACUCGGUUGUACGUUCUGGGAUUCGUAUUGGUUAUUUCAGUUAUUCUCUUUAUUAAAAACUCGAAAAAGGAGAAGCAAAUGGUUCACAACGUCUACGACACAGAAUCUCGUUAUAACACUUAUGAGAACUAUCUUGCCACGAAAGCAAUCUGCUGGGUUAUCUUCUCUCAAGUCGUCUGCCUUCUUUCGACUUCCUUCAUACCAACAAUCUUCAAAAAUUUUCAAGAUUCAAUUCCAGUGACUUGGUAUCAUCUCAGCAUUGCUUUCGCUACGGGUCUGACGUACGCAAACUUUCUGGUUCCAAUUAUAAUCUGCCAUCAAAUAAAUCAAAUUUCAAAAGUUCGUCGACUGAAAAUCAAUUCACUUGUUAUCUCAGAGAAGUCAACAAUGACAAAAGAACAUUUCGAUUCAUUGAAGGAGGCAUGGAACAACGGAUUUCAAUCGAACAGAUCUAAUUAG